AUGGCCUAUUGUUAUCAGGACAGACAUCUUAGUAUAUAUAAUGCAGCUGAGCUUGGAGUCUGGAAUAAGCCUGGUCCCUCCGAUCCGAUCAACAUGUUAAAGCAGACGCUGGUGCUCUUAGCGGUCUUGGCCGCAGCCACUGCUGCGGAGGAAGCUGCGACGGUGGCAGCCAAGCCGGUGGUGCCCGAGGAGAAACCUGACGUGAUCCUCGAAAAGGCCAUAUUGGCCCGCGGUGUGGGCCUGAAGCCUGAGGUGGCCGAGGUGCUCGGCCAGGCCGGCGUGGAAGACCUGCAGCAGGACGAGGAGAAGCCGCAGCCCGUCUCGGUGCCCAUCAUCCGCUCGCUGCACGACGUCGGCGACACCGACAAGUGGCAGGAGUCUUUCAGGUACGAGAUGCCGGACGGCACGCUGCGCGAGGAGUCGCUGCAGUUGCGGUCGGUGGGCGACGACAAGGUGCCGGUAGUGCGCGGCCGCUCCGUGUGGGUGGCCGGCGACGGCCGGCGCAUCGAGGUGCUGUACGAGGCGGACGAGAACGGCUUCCGCGCCUACGGCGACCACCUGCCGCGCGUCGCCGGCCAGGAGGCGCUGCCGGCGCCCGACUCGCGCCGCCAGCCCGUCUCCGUGGUCGUGACGUCGGUGCCCGCGCCGCCCCCGCCGCCGCCCCCGUCGCCGACGCCGACGCCGUUCCACAGGCCGACGCCCAGACCGACGACGUUCCGGCCGCUGCCCAGCCCCACUCCGCGUCCGGCGCCGAUCCCCGUCUCCAGGGGACCCUCCAAGAAGCCCAUCCGCCAUCGCUGGGCCUAACUGCACAUCGCGCAUCGCGGCACUCAGUUUAUUUGUCGAUUAAUGCUUUUCCACUGAGCUCACUUUUCAAUAAAUGUUUACUAGUACCAGA